GUGGAAAAGAUGACGAUAUAAAAUUAACUAUAGAGAUAUGAUGUUUGGAUGUUUUGUUUUGUUUUUAGACUUUUCUGGUGGAGGGACACGACCCUCCACUUUAUUAUUUGGGGAAAAGCAACCGAAGUCCUAAAUAGGAAAGCCCGUUUAAACUGAAUUUUAAUUAUUUUAAUUUGAGAGGUGUGGCAAGCAGCAAGGUUCAUUUUUUGGGGGGUUAUGUAUGACAAAUUGAAAAAUAGGGACAGGACAGAUUACUAUUUAAAGGAGUCAAGUUGUCCCCCCUUUUCUUUCAAUUUAGAUAUUUGCCACUAGUUUCUUCUUUCAUUAAUCAAUCAAUCAUGUCGAAUCUUACUUCAUCUAUUCAAUUGACCAAGAAAUCAACUUAUAAAUUAAACAACGGUUUACAUAUCCCUGUAGCUGGUUAUGGAGCUUAUUUACUUCCAAAGGGAAAAGCUAAAGCUUUAACCUAUCAAGCUUUAAAGGAUGGUUAUAGACACAUUGAUAGUGCUGUUUAUUACAGAAAUCAAGAAGAAUGUGCUGAAGGAAUUGCUGAAUUCCUUAAGGAUUACCCUCACGUUAAAAGAGAAGAUAUUUGGUUUACUACUAAGAUUACCAAUGAAGCUCAUGGGUAUGAACCUACUUUAGAACAAGUUCAAGAUAUUGCUGAUUUGGUUAAGAAACAUAUUCAAUAUGUUGAUUUGAUUUUACUUCAUUCUCCAAAGACUUCUAAGGCUUUAAGAUUAGGAUCUUGGAAAGCUUUACAAGAAUUAGUGGAAAAUCCUAAUAAUAAAAUCAUUCCAGUUAAAUCUAUUGGGGUUUCAAAUUUCGGGGUUUCUCAUAUUGAUGAAUUAUUCGCUUGGGAAGGAUUUAAGAUUAAACCAGUGGUGAAUCAAGUUGAAUUACAUCCAUGGUUACCAAGAUUGGAUUUAAGAGAAUAUUCUUAUAAACAUGAUAUUUUAUUAGAAGCUUAUUCUCCAUUAACUCAAGGAUAUAAAUUAGAUGAUCCCGAAUUAUUAAGUUUAGAAAAGAAAUCAGGAAUUCCAAAAAUUGAAAUUUUAUUAAAAUGGUCUUAUUUACAAGGUUUUAUCGUUUUAGCUAAAACUGAAAAAUUUGAAAGAAUUAAACAAAAUUUGGAUGUAUUACCAGAUGCUAAAGAUGAUGAUGAAGAAUCCGCUAACUUAGGAGUAGUCUCAUUACCAUUGGAUGUAUUGGAAGCAUUGGAUAAACCAGAAUCCAAAGAAGUUUUAACCUGGGGUGGACAAGAUCCAACCUUAUACAAGGAUUAAACAAACUUAUGUUAAUGCCAAUAUGUAUGUGUAUUUAAAAAA